CACCUACUACUUAACAAACGACUUUCGGAAAUUAGGCAAAAAAUGGCAUUUCUCCGCUGUUUUUCUUGCCUGGCGAAUCAAAAUGAUGAUAUUAUUUUAGAACUAGAUUUUAGCAAUAAUAUACUGAGUGAUGCUUUCCCAAAUGUAUGGCAGCAUGAGCGUACAUUAGAAGAACUCUAUUUAAAUUCGGCACGCAUCACAAGUCUUCCGCCAGAGCUAUUUUACUGUCAGAAUUUACGUGUUUUGGUGGUAAGCAACAAUAAUUUAGAAUCAGUUCCGAAUGCCGUUGCUGCUUUACGGCAGCUGCAAACAUUGAAUUUAAGUCGAAAUUUCAUUUCAAAUGUUCCUGAAAGUAUGAAAGCGUGUAAAAAUUUAACCCAUUUAGACUUGAGCUGCAAUAGCCUCAACCGCCUACCUGAUGCCUUAACGAGCCUUAUUACACUCAAAGAAUUAUUUUUAAAUGAGACAUACCUGGAAUUCUUGCCUGCAAACUUUGGUCGUUUAAUACAUUUGAAAGUUCUGGAGCUGCGCUUAAAUAACUUAAUAACAUUACCAAAAUCUAUCGCUCGACUAACAAGUCUUUUGCGGCUAGAUAUAGGAUAUAACGAGUUUACUGAACUACCGGAAGUUGUUGGUGAAUUGAAGCAGCUGCGUGAACUAUGGAUUGACUUUAACCAAAUUAAUAGAAUUUCGUCUAAUGUUGGGAAAUUACGCGACAUUUUACAUUUCGAUGCAUCUGGUAAUAAUAUUAGUAUUCUUCCACACGAUAUGAGUAACUGGCGGGACAUUGAGGUCUUGUCUUUGUGCACAAAUAAUUUAGAUACAUUUCCAUUUAGUAUUGGCUCGUUGAAAUCUCUAGUCACUUUGAAAUGUGCAUCAAAUGAGUUGCAUCAGUUGCCUGAUAGCAUAUCUAAUUUGGACAGUCUAGAAGAACUGGAACUUAGUCACAACCAACUCACCAGUUUACCAUCUACGAUUGGAAUGUUAAGGAAACUACGUUACCUCUUUGUCGAUGAUAAUGAUCUGCAUUCCUUACCAAAUGAAAUAUGCAGUUGUAACGAUUUAAGGAUCUUAAGCAUAAGCCGAAACAAGAUAUCUGAAUUGCCAAAAAGUAUUGGUAGACUUUCUGAACUCAAAGUUCUGAAUAUAGUUAAUAAUCAUAUCGCUACACUACCUCUUUCUGUUUUAAACUUGAUCAAUUUAUCUUCACUGUGGAUAAGUGAUAAUCAGUCCCAACCGCUCGUUCCUUUACAAUAUCUAGACAUCAAUACAAGAUCAAAACUAACUUGUUUUAUGUUGCCACAAGCAGGUAGCUGUAUGUACCCACUCCAUUUUGAAAGGCGAUCUCCAGCGCAUUUGAAGGAAUCUGAUACUUAUGAACGGCCAUCAGAAAAUUCUGAUUAUGAUUGUCCAAACCAGAUCGAGCCACUAGCUACCAACACUUAUCCAAUACGUCGAAUUUGUUUUGCGGAAAAGGCCAUUAUUAUGAGCACUUCACCUAAUUCUAAAUUGUACAACUUCCAAUUCGCGUGCGAGACUGAUAACAACCCAAAAAUAGAAACUGUUCAGAAUAUCAACAAAAAUAGCUUAACAAACAAUAACAAAGCUGAUGGAGGUAUUCGUUUAAUGCGUUCACCAACUCCAUACCCAAAAGAACUGCGCUUAUUUGCUAAAUAUAUUCGCAAUGAACGUAGAUCUUUUGGAUCGGAACCCUUGAGAGUUAAAGAAGCGCGAGUGUUAUUUAAUGUCGACAAGUGCCAUUCAAAUAUCAUCACAAGAAAUAUGAAUACAGAUAUGCCAACGAAUACGGACGACUUCUCAUUACAAGCAGAUAAAAUUAAUGAUGCACUACAUCAAAUAAGUCACGAUAUCAAUAAUCUUACACAUUCCGAGCAAAUAUGUGAAAUCGAUACCAACUCUCCGCUUCAGCAGGGAUCCAGCUAUCCAGCAUCGUUAUUUGAAUUGCGUUCACAGAGUCCCUUAAUUUCAAAUAGGAAUGAAGUGGAUACCAGUGUUAGCGUAACACCGCCACUCAUACCUCCUACAUUCCACAUCGCUCGCGUAUUUACAAGAAAAACUGCGCAUGACUUAACAAAUUAUGAAAUGAUACGUUGUCAACAACAACUAAAUCUUGACAAUUUGAAUGAGAAUGAAGCAAAAGGUGUUGAAAAACUUCCUAAGAUAGAAAUGUUAAAUGAGAAAAGAGCAGACGGCGACAAAAACUCUGACAUACAGGACUUACGUUUUAAUGAAAAUGAUUCAAACAACUCCAUAUGUUCAAAUACUGAACUUUUAGACACGGCUGAAUGCAUCCAACGCCGAAAUGCACAUGAGUUGAAGGGCCUUGAUAAGCUCGCUAAACAUCAUAAUGAUUAUGGAUUAUUAAAUUACUCACUUCCGUACCCAUCUGGUGAUGAAGAAACCAAUUCUUUCAUUCCUACCACAGAAAGUAUUACAGCCAUUAAUUAUCGCAAUACUAAUAUCACGCUGCAAAAGUGCUCUGUGAAAAAAACACCUUGGUUCUUUGGUGCACAUAAAAAUCCGACCGUGAUACAAGUUUCUUUGAAAUGGAACAACAACGUUGGGUUUGACAUAGAGGGAAUGCCUCACAAGCACCGGUCGGUGAGGUCUGACAGAUAAAAAAGUGUCAGAUCUUCAAAGUGGAACAUUGGAAGUGUAAUAAAUUCGGUCAAACUUCAGAAUUUUCAAUUUCGAGAAAAACCUUUUAGCGGGGAAGUUUUGUAACUAGCUAGCGACAAUUUUCGGAUCGCUCUCACAACUCUUCGACGUGUGUUAUGAAUGCCGACAAGUUUCGAUAGCAAUGCGAAAACUCGAUACGAAUCUCCAAAGAAACUUUAAUAAUUAAAGAGGCCAGAUCGAAAAUAAAAAUAUAGAAUUUUGAAGCGUUUGGAACCGAAAUAAUCGAUUCGUUUUUUUUUUAUACGAAAUAACAUUGAUUCAUUGAAAUACGUUUUACACAAGCAGUGUUGCCAGAAUUUUUUGAGACUU